GCUGGUGGGAGAGUAGGCCGGAGAUGUUGGGCUGUAGGCCGGGCUUGUUGGACUGUAGGCGGGCGACGUCGGGCUGUACGCUGGGCUAGUCGGACUGUACGCCGGGCUGGUGGGGCUGUAGGCCGGACUAGUCGGGCUGUAAGCCGGGCUUGUCGGGCUGUAGGCCGGACUGGUCGGGCUAUAUGCCGGCGAGGUCGGGCUGUAGGCCGGGCUGGUGGGGCUGUACGCCGGGCUGGUGGGAGAGUCGGGCUGUAGGCCGGGCUGGUGGGGCUGUCGGGCUGUAGGCCGGGCUCGUCGGACUGUACGCGGGGCUGGUUGGGCUGUACGCCGGGCU